CUCUCUGUUAUUGGUUCCUCAGGGUUCCCAAAGGUCAACACUAUUUGCUUGUGCAUGCAAGUGAAAUAUGUUCAGAACCUUCCAGUUAGGAAUGCAACUUGGGCUCAGGUCAAUCCUAACCUGGUCGACCCAACUCAAGUUUGGUUUGGGUUGUGAAGGUCCUCAGGUUGGAAAACUAACCCAAUUUGGAAUCAAGUAAGGUUCGGCUAGAGCAAAUUCAGGCCAGGUUAGGUCUGUGCCAGGUUGGGUAGGGUCGGGUCGGUUUAGGGUCAAGUAUAGAGGAAUUCGGUUCGGGUUGCGGGUUGGGUCAUCUUGUGGUCAUCAUCAACCCGAUACAACCUGCUCGAGAUGCACCUGUAUUUCCAGUACAUAUCCCACUCAUGAUUUGGGGCAGAAAAGGUUAGCAGGAAAUGGAAUCCCAAUUAAUGUUGGUUCCAUUGCUUAAACACAAAUAGAACCUUCUUGGGUCGAAAGUCCUGCAGACCACUAUUUGGUGCUACAUUGGAGUACUACCUUAUAGUUAAGUUAGGAGCCAAGAGAGAUGAAGAGAGGCAACUGCUAAUUACAGAUUUCUGCUUCCCGGACUUCUUCAGCGAUCUACAUAUCAAUCAAUCAACAUUGUUUUUCGUUAUUCUUUAGAAUCUCGGACACAAGAAACAAUCCUUGCAGCAUGAUGCACCAUGAAAUGAUUAAGCUGAUGAUUCGUAUUUGUUCGACUAAUUUCUAAAUUGGGUUAUGAUGAUAUUCUCGAAGCAAUCCUGCCGUGCUCCAUUUGAAGAAUCUGCGUGAAAUUGAAGUUCCUGGGACAACAUCUUCCUUUCCAUUAUGGAGGAUUUUCUCGAUCACAUACUUUCGUCUUCCUCAUGGCCAGAUGAUGUGAAUGGAACGGGCCAGCCGUCUUGGGUUGGCAGCACUUCAACUGAAACAAAUGGUUUGCUUGCCGAUCCGAUGGGAAUAUAUGAAGGUGAUGAAAAGAACUCAUCAUCACCAUUGGAUAUUACUUCCUCAGGCUCUGUCAUUGGGCACAUGCCGCAGGAUGAUACUUCUAUUCUGAUUGGUGGGAAUUCAAACUACGGCCUCAACAAGGGGUUAUUCCGUGAAGAAGCCCAACCGCUGGAUCUGGACCGUUUAUCUAUGCUAUCGCCCCGUCUUGAUAAUGGGUCCCAAGAAAGCAAGAUCUUGUUGCAUGGAGUGAUCGAUACCAGCCCAAAAUCUCGAUCCUCAGUCCCACUCCCUCAGAGUUCACCCCAACUCCGUCCUGUAGUUGGAAGUUCUGCUCCAUCACUAUGGCUUCCAUCAUUCUCAGGUGUUUCUUCUCUGCCUCCAGUUAUGGAGCAAGGCAAACUACAAGGUUUUGGCCUGCAAGGAGAGUUUGUGAAAGGCGGCGCUGAUAUAUUGGGAAGAAGAUUCUUUGGGGAUGAAAAACUCCCACAGCUGGACAAAUUGCCCACAUCAAAUGAGCAAGAUGAGCUACACAGCCCUCGUUUCCCAUCUUUUGGGUCUGGGAUGCCUAUGACAUUGACAAGAGCUGCUACUGGAUUGCAGCCGCAUCAGCAGUUGUCACAAUCCUCUGAAGCAAAUUCCACCCAGCAUUAUACAAACCAAUCCUGCGCUUCUCAAUUACAACCUGGGCAAGUUGCUGGGGGCAGUUGUAACGGAGCGGUAAAGCCACGCGUGAGAGCGCGCAGGGGUCAAGCCACUGAUCCACACAGUAUUGCCGAACGGCUUCGGAGGGAGAAAAUUGCAGAAAGGAUGAAGAAUUUGCAAGAACUUGUCCCGAAUUCUAAUAAGACGGACAAGGCAUCAAUGCUUGAUGAGAUCAUUGAAUAUGUCAAAUUCCUUCAGCUUCAAGUCAAGGUUCUAAGCAUGAGCAGACUCGGUGCUGCAGGAGCUGUCGUUCCCCUCAUCACAGAUGUUCAAUCCGAGGGCUCCAGCGGUCUGAUCUUAUCAGCAUCAGUCGGGCAAGGAGCCGAUCUAUCCGAUUCGCCAGACAACAUUGCCUUCGAGCAGGAAAUAGUGAAACUGAUGGAAUCCAAUGUGACAACCGCCAUGCAGUAUCUCCAAACCAAAGGCCUCUGCCUCAUGCCGAUCGCUCUUGCGGCUGCCAUCUCCGGCGGAAAAGCGUCUUCGAAUGCCGAUAGGAAGAAUCUCACCACAACCCACAUCCCAGUUUCGACAAAUGGUGGCCCACCCAGUGCUGCGUCCCAGCCACUGUCAUCCACCAAUGAGAACACAGCAAGGGAGGAUGCAGCCUCGAUCAACAGCUGUAACGGGUCUGUUGUUAAACAGGAAGAACUGCCGAAGUCCGUGUCCGACGUAAGAGAAUCCAAGCCAUCAAACCCAUAAGUUUUUAACUGAUUUCCACAUCUUUUUCCGCUUUUUGUUUUUUUGUUUUUUUUGUUUUUUGUUUAAAUUCUUUGAGAUUUGAGUUGGGUGAGUUUCAGUUGAAAUCAUAGUACUGAUAGCAUUGUAUAUACGUUGAAGUAUACAUGCGUACAUACGUACAUAUACUGGUUUGGACAUGUAUAUGUAGAUGUACGUGUGUAUUAUUAUAAGAGAAGUAAAUAAGUAAUUUGGUUGGCUUGA